UCUCACCGCAGUAAUCUCUCCCUCUGCAGCUUGUAGUCGUAGUCGUAGCGUUAGAUGCCGCGCUUGCAAGCAGCCUCGGCCCACCUUUAAAUAUCUGUAAGCUUGUCAGAGCAAAGAAACUUAUGACUCUUUGGGAGACUUGCUGAUUUCACUCCAUUGACUCCAACGACCAUGAAUAAGAACCUGCAGAAAAAGAGGAAAGAUUUUAUACCUUACUUUUUAGGAUUUGUUAUAUUUUUAUAUUGCGCGGUCCAUCUUGUAUCAUUUACAGCAAAGACAACAAAGGAAACCCAUUCCACCAGAGUGCGCCGGGCUCUCGAGAAUGAGACUGAAUGCAUCUCGGCCCAGUCCUCCGAGUUCCCCGACGGCUUCUUCACGGUGCAGGAGAGGAAGGACGGAGGGCUCGUUAUUUAUUUCAUGGUUAUUUUCUACAUGCUUCUGGCUGUUGCAAUAAUCUGCGACGAUUACUUUCUGCCUUCCUUGGAAGUGAUCAGUGACCGCCUGGGACUGUCUCAGGAUGUAGCAGGAGCCACGUUUAUGGCCGCUGGGAGUUCUGCACCUGAACUGGUCACAGCCUUUCUGGGUGUGUUUGUGACAAAGGGAGACAUCGGGGUCAGCACCAUUGUGGGGUCAGCGGUCUACAACCUGCUGGGAAUCUGCGCGGCGUGUGGACUCUUGGCCCCUCUGGCCGGGCGCCUCACCUGUUGGCCGCUGUUCAGGGACUGCUUGGCAUAUGGCAUCAGUGUUUCUGCCGUUAUUGCCAUCAUUUCCGAUAACAAAGUCUACUGGUACGACGCCGCGUCUCUGCUGCUGAUCUACGCCCUCUACAUCGUGGUCCUGUGCUUCGACCUCCGCGUCAGCGAGUUCGUCCUCAGGAAGCUGAGCCCCUGCUGCACCUGUCUGGGCGGAGGCUCCGGCGAGAAGACCGAGACGCAGCCUCUGAUGGGCUGGAGCGACGACACCAGCCUGCGGGUCCACAGUCGCUCCAGAGCCGACAGUGGGAUCUUCCAGGACGACUCGGGCUACUCUCACCUGUCCCUCAGCCUGCACGGCCUCAACGAGAUUCCUGAAGCAGAGCACAAAAAUGUGUUCGCCGUGCCGGAGAGCGACCUGAAACGGAUCCUCUGGGUUCUGUCCCUGCCCAUCAUCACUCUGCUUUUCCUGACCAUCCCCGACUGCAGGAGAAGGUUCUGGAGGGGAUGGUUCAUGGUGACCUUCUUCAUGUCGGCGGUGUGGAUCUCAGCCUUCACCUACGUCAUGGUGUGGAUGGUCACGGUCGUCGGCGAGACACUCGGCAUUCCCGACACAGUGAUGGGACUCACUCUCCUUGCUGCUGGAACCAGUAUCCCCGACACCGUCGCCAGUGUGAUGGUGGCCAGAGAAGGGAAAGCGGACAUGGCCAUGUCGAACAUCGUGGGCUCCAAUGUCUUCGACAUGCUGUGCCUGGGCCUGCCCUGGUUCAUCAAAACCGCCUUUGUGGACACCAACAACCCGGUGGAGGUCAACAGCACGGGGCUGGUCUUCAUUUCCGCCACGCUGCUCCUCUCCAUCGUCUUCCUUUUUGUAGCCGUCCACAUUAACAAAUGGAGGUUGGACUGGAAGCUGGGACUUGUUUCGCUCUUCUGCUACAUCGUCUUUGCCACCCUGUCCAUCCUCUACGAGCUCGGGAUUAUUGGGAAUAAUCCCAUCAGGUUGUGCAGUGACUGAGAUCUGACCUCACCAGCUGGCCGAAGCCACAAUGACUCAAACAGCGACGGAACGGUGGAGUCUAAGGAAACACGUUCCCGCUCUCACGCCAUCAGGGUAAUCGUGCCACAUGAGACGUGUGCUGGUCACAUCUCAUGGAGAUCAUCUCCAAGUUUCCAUGACCGACGAGGCGGAGUAAAGUAAUAAAAGGUGUCAACUAAA